AUGAAGAUCUCUUGUUCUUCUGUUCUAUUUGUACUUAUGGUCGUUUUCAUCAUUUCUUCAGGGAAACAAAAAAAAAUUGUAGGAGAAGCAAAGGAUUGUUUUGAAACGUGGACAUGUGAAGGAGGAAAGAAAUGCAGAGACAAGUGCGCGGCUCAAUACAAAGGAAUUGGAAGGUGUGAUGAGAUCACUGCUCCUAUAGUUCCUCCCCAGUGUAAUUGCUAUUAUCCGUGCUAAUAUCUCUAUACGUACAACAAAUAAAGAUUCGUCUUAAGCGAUAAUAUGUAAACAGUUUAUCUGUUAAAUCAUAUGUGAU